AUGCGUGAGAUCAUUAGCAUCAACGUCGGCCAGGCAGGUUGCCAAAUCGCUAACGCUUGCUGGGAGCUUUACUGCCUCGAGCAUGGUAUUCAGCCCGAUGGAUACCUGACCGAAGAGCGCAAGAAGGCGGACCCCGACCAGGGAUUCAGCACUUUCUUCUCUGAAACUGGUCAGGGCAAAUAUGUUCCUCGCACUAUUUACUGCGAUCUCGAACCCAACGUCGUCGAUGAGGUUCGAACUGGUACCUACCGCAGCCUUUUUCACCCCGAGCAGAUGAUCACAGGCAAGGAGGAUGCGUCCAACAACUACGCUCGUGGUCACUACACUGUGGGCAAGGAGCUCAUCGACCAGGUUUUGGACAGAGUGAGACGUGUUGCCGAUAGCUGCGCUGGUCUCCAAGGUUUCUUGGUCUUCCACUCCUUUGGCGGUGGUACUGGCUCUGGUUUCGGUGCCUUGUUGAUGGAGCGUCUGUCGGUCGACUAUGGUAAGAAGAGCAAGCUAGAGUUCUGCAUCUACCCUGCUCCUCAAACCGCUACUUCGGUCGUCGAGCCAUACAACUCUAUCCUUACUACACAUACCACUCUUGAGCACUCCGACUGCUCCUUCAUGGUCGAUAACGAAGCUAUCUACGAUAUCUGCCGCCGAAAUCUUGGCUUAGAGCGUCCCAACUUCGAGAACCUGAACCGCUUAAUCGCCCAAGUUGUUUCUUCUAUCACGGCUUCUCUUCGAUUUGAUGGCUCUCUCAACGUCGAUCUUAACGAGUUCCAGACCAAUCUGGUGCCGUACCCUCGUAUUCACUUCCCUCUGGUUGCUUAUGCUCCAGUCAUUUCGGCUGCCAAGGCCGCCCACGAAGCCAACUCUGUUCAAGAGAUGACCAUGUCAUGCUUUGAGCCGUACAACCAGAUGGUCAAGUGUGAUCCCCGUAAUGGAAAAUAUAUGGCUACAUGUCUGCUGUACCGAGGAGAUGUCGUUCCUAAGGACGCUCACGGAGCUGUGGCUACGCUUAAGACCAAGCGCACUAUUCAAUUCGUCGACUGGUGCCCAACCGGAUUCAAGCUUGGUAUCUGCUUCCAGCCUCCCCAGUUCGUUCCUGACGGUGACUUGGCCAAGGUCAACCGUGCCGUCUGUAUGCUUUCCAAUACGACGGCUAUUGCUGAGGCUUGGUCAGCUUUGUCUACCAAGUUCGACCUCAUGUAUUCCAAGCGCGCUUUCGUCCAUUGGUAUGUUGGUGAGGGUAUGGAAGAAGGCGAAUUCUCAGAGGCGCGUGAGGAUUUGGCAGCGCUAGAGCGCGACUACGAGGAAGUUGCCACCGAUUCCAUAGACGCCGAGGGAGAUGCUGAGGCUGAGUACUAA